UGGCGUUGUCAAGGCAGCCUGGAGCACGGCCGCGUCCUGGCAAAAGAUAUCUGUCCACAAACAAAAAUACGUUUUGAAAAAACUGUCCCGGAAAGUUAGGUGUGGCCAGAAGGUAACGGACACGCAUGUUUCUUUCCCACCUCGCGUUCUCGGAGCCGCCGCUUUGCGUCUGUUUUUGCGCGUCUUUGUUAUUAUUGCGUGUUUUAGUCAGGCGGCGGACAGGCGCACGUCCGUGAGGAGGACGAGAGAGACAGAGAGAGGGGAAGAUCUUGUCCAUUGUGUCUCCACCAGAGGCAGCUGUGCGGGGACGGUUUGCACGCUAAUGUGGCCCGUGUUUUCAUUAUAGCUCAUUUAUUCUCUAUUUCUUAUGUCUUAACGUGUCGCCUCGACGCGUUUCCAGUCAAACAGACAGAGAAUAAAGAGUAAAAAAAUGGCUCUCGACAGAUGUAGUGUGUGAUAGAAGGGGACAGGUUUAAAGGGACAGCGACGCCGCUUCCUGGUUUUUCGUGCUGGACUCAAAAAAUAACACUUAACGGUAUUUUUUAAAACAUUUGAAACAUGCACCUCGCUGAUGUUGCUUGAAAGUGUGCAGAGAUUGUGUUUCCUGCAAACCUGACAGAGGACGCCCUCAUAUCAAACGUGAUGUCUGAGAACUUCGGUACCGCUGGUCCCACCAUGAAGUCGGAGGCGGCGGCAGGACUCUGCACCCAGCUGCUGAACUGAAUUAGCCGCGAGCUAACCGCCGCUGUUGGAUGAGAACUGAUGGGUGGCCCAAGCUGGCGGAAGCAUGCCAACUGCAAAAGGUAAAGGCGCCGCGACGUCUCACCGUUACCGGCCCGCCGCAGAGUAUGACGACGCCACGCUGGCCCAGAAAAGAGAGUACUGGAGGAACAAGAAGCGCGAGCAGAGGGCCCGUCUCUCGGAGCGGAGAGGGAAGCCGGCAGCACGGGAAGGGAAAAAGCUCCUGCAUCUAAAUGCCUCUGCAGGGACUUAUUCGGGUUUAUGCAGCUUCACUGCUUUGGCCUCGUCUUUGCAGAGCAACGACGACUCAUACAAUUCUGCAUCACAGAGCGGACGUACGGCGGAGGACGGUCGCGCACUUGCAGCCGCCGAGAGUCAGGAUUGGCUCGAGACGGUGAACGACAACAAUAUCUUGCCUCGGGCGCCGGUAUCGUGUUCCGUCUCAGCCAAAGCCGCUGGGUGCGACGCGGCCGCGGUGACGUUGCCAACAGCGAGGGGCGCCGCGAGCAGAGCUGUUACCUCACCCACGUCCAGUGGGACCCAGCUGAACACCAGCUCCUUAGUGCCUCCGGUCGGAGUGGCCAGGAUUACCAAUGGCAGCUCGACUACUACAGCGCCUCAGCCAUGUGUGUCUAUGCAGGGCGCACCAGACCCCAAAACCCAACCUAAGGCACGAGUUGCGUUACCAAUCGAGCGAAAACUGGGUAUGAUUCUUGCGUCGUCUCCGCUCCGCCCUCUCUCCGUAUCGGAGGACAAAACGACGAGCGCGACACCUCAGAGUUGUGCGAAGAGGGCUAAAGGUGCCGGUGUCGCACAGCCUGCCCUCGAGUCUGAGGAGGAGAGGGCGGCUAAGCGCAGGGAGCACUGGCGGAUCAAAAAGCGAGAGCAGAGGGCAAAGCUGGCGGCUCAGAUAGUGAAAACGAGAGAGAGGGCGCAGGGUGUGGAGAUGACGUAUCAGAGGCUGACGUCGCAGAAGGCCGGGCUCGCGGGCCGCUCGGUUCUUCUCCCGUCUCAGUCGCUGUCAAAAGGAGUUGGGCGGAAGCAGUGCCCCGCUAAGGUCAAAGCAGCAUUCACAUCUGGAAGAAGGGAAAACGGUAAAGUGCAAUGUGAACCAGCGACUGUUGCGAUGGCUAACACGGAUCACAUCCAAAAUUCACAUGGGAAUAGUUUAACACCAGACAUCACGUCUGAUCCCGGCAUAAAAAAGUCAGCGGAUCCACACAGGAAGCUUUCAAAUUACGUGCAUCUUUAUAAUGUGACCCGAGGGAUAGCGCGGUGUAAAACGCCCCGACAAAGACUCAUCGAAGCGCAGAAAUUUUUUAUGAAUCAGAGAAACCUAAGGUGCAAGUCCCUGUUGGCGUCUUCUUCGUUGGCGUUCGGCACCAGGACUAUGCCCAAAAUCGACCCCAACGACACGCCUGAGCAGAUAGUAGCCAAGCGCAGAGAGUACUGGCGGAUGAAGAAGCGAGAACAGCGGGCGAAGCUGUCGUCGGAGGUGAGGGUCCGGCUGAAGGAGAAGGACUCUGUGACGCGAAGGGUGAAGCGUUACCAGAAGAUACUCGAGGAGAUGAGGAGAGCCCGAGCAAUGACGCACUCGCCGGUGAGCGUCCUGACGCACGCCUCGGAAACCAUCGGAGGGUUCAUCAAAGAAGACGGGACUCUGACCUCGAACAUCCCUCUGGGUCCUGCAGAACACAACAUGACGGACAACAUGAGUGAGGAAGAGCUUCACAUAGCUUCUAAGUAUAACUCCAUCAGGCAGCAACAGAGUCAACCUCAUAGUAAACGGAGAGGUGUUGCUCCCGUUAGGAUGAACCAGCCGCCCCCUCCUCUACGCCUAGCUCAGGUGAAAGUCGCGUUUCCUCUCGGCGGAAAGUCGGCCAACAAGCCUCAACGACUGCUUUCAGUCAGACCACGGCCUCAGCUUGAAAGGACAACCGGUCCGUCUGAAAGUCAAGCGGUCGCUCAGCUCACGCUCACCCGUCCUCAAACCCUUCAAAACGCCGCUUUGGACGAACCUGGCUUGAAACAGGGCGGCUGCGUCAUGAAAUUAGCCGUAUCCAGUAGCGAGAUGUCGCUGUCGGCGCUGUCCCUGGAUCCGGGUUUGACGGAAGAGGAGAGGAUGGCGAAGAAGAGGGAGUACUGGAGGAUAAAGAAGCGCGAACAGCGAGCGGCUCGGGCUGUCCGGCUGAAGCAGGGCGUCCUCCAAGCGAGGGCCGGGGCAAGCUUGCAAAGGAGGAGGGCUCAGAAGCAAGUCGCGGUGGCGGCUGUGCAGCUGAGCAGGAGUCUGAGUGGACGUUCAGGAAAAGCGGCGCCUCUUGGCGACAACGGCGCCGCGAUGCCACUCGCAAGCGACGUGAAACAGGAGAGGGAGUCUGUGCCAGCAGUUGACCUAAAUUCCCAACCAGAACAAGCCAUCUGUGAAGAUAUCGACCCCCCGAUCUCACCAUCGCCACCUCCAGAGCCUCAGCCAGAGUUUGACCCGGCUCUGAACGCAGACAGCCAAGCGACGACGCUGCUGGCUGUGGCCUCCAUGAAGAAACUCCUGGAGGAAUCGCUCAGCACAGUGACGGAAUGUAAAAACGAGCAGACGGACAUCACGAUGAAUGCGACGGAAGAGCAAGACAUGAAGCCAAAUUUACCUCAGCUCUUUUUCGACAAGGACGACUUGGUUCCCAUCACCGCUGACCUGACGCUGCAGAUAAAAAGCUGGCAGACGGAUAGCGACGUCUCGGCAGAUUCGCUGAACCAGGAGCUCAGGAACUCGCCUCAGAUUGGCGAGAAAUCUCCACCCUUUCCCACCUCCAACGAUGUGGCGCUCAAUCCCACCUGUGAGCACUCGUCCCAGACGCCUCUGAACUUCAUCGUGAACCCGUCUGCGGAAACGUUCGGUGGCUCGUUGUCAUCGUCGCCGCCCACAACCCAGAGAGUCUGUCCCAAAAACGAAGACCUUCAAAGCCACCGUUCGCCGGAGCCGCCGGAGCUCCACGACGACGCGGCCACGUACCUGGAUCGGCUGGAGCCGCGGCAUGAGCAACGCCGCGAACAACCGAGCCAGACGGAGGAAGGACGCCAGAGCAACAUCUCGCCAUCGGCGCAAACUUGUCCCGGCGCGGUGACGGAGAAAGUCGGCCCGACCAGUCUGCAGAGCAAGAGGGAGUACUGGAAGCUGAUGAAGAGGCAGCAGAGGGCCCGGUUAAAGGCCAGGCACAAAGACCGACACGGAGACGGCAGCAGUCACCUUUCUUCAAGAAACCUCCAGGGUUCAGGGCUCCUGGUUAAUCCCGUUAAUAAGGGAGCGAGUCCUCCGGCUAAACCGGUCCUCCGACCUAAACCCCCCACGUCUUCUGGUGGGGCCGGCGUCCCCUCGGUCCAGGCCGUCAACCGGACGCCGUGCGACGCCGAUCCCUUCCGGGACGUCCACUCUUGCGAAAGUUCUCCCGUGUCCCCGCAACUUUCGCAAGAGUGGACGCCUGGAAACGCGGACCUGGACCUGGACCUGGACCCGGACCCGGCGCCCUCUCCCCCGACUCUGCAGCCCCCGGACAACCCGCUGUCGAGCAUCAACCUGCAGCCCAUCGAGCCUCCGGGUCAAAGUCCAAACGCCGUCCUGAGUCCGAUAAAAAUCCCCUGUGCUCAGCGGCAGAGCCCCACGCGUGCGACGCAGUCACCGACCAACAUGGAACCUCUGAGCAACGUGGCCCCUCCGAAGCCCAUCCGGGGCGAGUCCGAGGAGGACUUCCUGAGGAGGAAGAGGGAGUACUGGAGGAUCAAGAAGAAGGAGCAGAGGGCGAGGAAGGCCAAUCGGGACAAGGGGGUCUCUGCGAGGAGAGCCUGCAACAACUGGAGGCCCAUCCUGCCAGCACACGACCUGCAAACACAGGAGUCUGGUCAGUGGGUGAACUCUCCAGAGGAGCCAGAGCAUCAAAUGAGCGCGUCGGUCGACACUGAUCCAGGAUCCUUCACUUACGCCGGCUACUCGACGCCAGUAGGAGACGACUCCGAGAUCAUUUUCGGCGACUACGAGAGCAGCCCCGGCGAGGACGGCCCCAUCUCGGACGUGGUGUGGAGAACCCGCUACCUCAUGGACUACGACCCCCUGAACCAGCUGCUGGUGUGCAUGGUGUGCGGGGAGCUGCAGUACUCCCACGGCCUGGAGGGGGUCAGGGUCCACAUAGACGAGUCCCACCCCCACACCAUGACCCUGGAGCCGGCCGAGAAACGGCGAAUACUGGAGGCCUGGGACGAGCAGGUGUCCCAGAGGGAGCGCUUCUUCACCAGUCAGCUGCAGCAGCACAGCGGGGCCCUGGCAGACUGGCGGCCCGUCCAGGACGGACCCCAGGACGGACCCCACCUCUCACCCAGUGACAUCGGGGACAGACUCCAGCCCCCAGACGCCCUCUAGAGGACGAAAAGACUGAACUCUUCACUCUGGACUCCCUGAGCCUUUUUUAACCCCCCCCUCUAAAGACCUUAGCAUCCUUCAUAUUUAAGUAUCUGAUGGGCGUUAGCUUCUUCUUCUUCUUCACGUACACAACAAACACCACCACACACAUCAUCAACACAACUUACCCCCGGUUUAGUUUAUUUCCUGCCCUCACUGCCCCCGGGCUGCGUCGUCACUAAGUCGUCCGUCUUAUAUUUUUCUCAGGGUUUGUUUGUUUUUCGUUUCAUUUUCCAAUCGUUUUGCAGAAGCACACGGGAACUAGAGCUGCAGCGGUGAAAAAAAAAACAAAAAAAUAAAAAACGUCAUUUUAUUUUUAUUUAUUUAUUUACUGUGUCACCUUUAAAAGAGAAUGUGUUUUUUUUUUGUUUUUUUUUUUAAAUACUGAAGCUGCUUCAUAUGAGAUUUUUUUUUGUGAUAUUUUAAGUAGAAGCCUUAGAGGGAAGAAACACGGAGCGGAUGUAAAAGAUUUAAAGAUGAUGAUGAAAAUACAACAGAACAACAGUGUGACGAGAAAAAACAUAAAACCUGCGAAAACGAUUUAAUUUAAAGUCACAUCAGACCAGGUUGAUCCUCUCACACAUUUAAUUCACACUCAAGUUUCCCCAUUUAUCUUGUUAUUAGUUAAAUAAAACGCCUCAUCUCCUGCGUGGAGGAAAAAUAGAUUUUUUUUUAUUAUUAUUUCUCAGGUAAAACUCCCCCCCACACCAAUGACACUGUUUGAUGGCAGACACACAAAAACGGUUUAGACACGACUCAAAAAACCAUAAAGAGCAGCACAAGGUGUUGACAUGGCCUCAAAAUUCACUAGAUCCCAAACUGAUCACGUCUCUGUGGUUUGAUCCACCAUAGAACCCCCACUAACAACAUCCCACUGGUCAUAAUGUUAUGGCUGAUCGGUGUAUAACACACCAACCAUUUGUUUUCGGUUUAAAUCCCCGAGUCAAACACGUGCAGCACAGGAAUUAAAACACUGUUGUUUGUUAUUUCAGAGCUGAUCACUUGGACGUUGUUUUGUUGUGUUCAGGUCAGAUUUUUUUUAUUUUUCUUUCGUUACUGCACAGGAGCCUGGAAACUGUUCCCUAAGUUUCUGUUUCUGAACCUUAACUGUACAUAAACCACAUCCACACAUGGCAUCUUUUAUUUUUUUUUUAUUUCUUACUGUAAACAUUAUCUUCCGUGCUGUAAAUACACAAACUACGGUGGCUACGAGAUGCCAAAUUUAUAUAUUUUUUUGUUUGCUUUAAAAUUGUGCCGUUUCAUCGCUUCUGCUCCAAAGCAACUUUUAUUUAUUAUUUAUUGAGUCUCCUGUCGAUAUAACCGCGGACAUCAUCCACGCCUGUAGAUAAAUUAGGAGUCUCGUCUGUGUGUCGAGGAUUAAAAGGUUUUUAUUUUUGUUUUCCUGCAUGAGUAGUAACAUGGAUGAACAUGGUGUGAUGUAUCGGCCGAGUGCUGGACUGCAUUCCCAAGUGUUUCUUCUUCUGUUUUUUUUGUAAUGCUGAUGUAAUCUGCUGUUUGAGCACAAAGAUGUAGGCAUCUGAAAAAAAACAACAACAAACAAAAAAAAAAAAAACAGUUUGCAGAGCUGGAAACGACCAAGUUAAUUCACCUCCUGAGAAUGUAACUGGAGACUUGACGGCUUGUUUACCAGUUCAAAGGGAAUGUUUGAAUGCCUUUUCAGUAAUAAACUUUUUCUACUGGUGA